AAUUGCAUCCGGUUGGCCAAUUUAAAAGCAAAGUAACAUCGAAACUCGAUUAAUUAAAAAGAAAUUGUCGUAAUUUUGUUUUUUAAUAGUACCGUUCCAAUUCAGAUACAUUUUAUUUAAUUUUAGAUCUUCUGUCUUUUAAAAAGGUCCAAUUUAUUUUAAAAAAUGAUGAUUUCGAUCUUAUUUUUUGCCUCCUGUUUAGUUUUAUUACAAGGAUUCAAUUGCCAACGAGAAACCAUUCAACCUCAUUUACGUGUGGCAUCUUUCAACGUCCAGACUUUCGGAUACAAGAAAUACAACAAAAAAGAUGCAGCAGACAUUAUUAAAAAGAUAAUCACACGUUACGAUUUCAUUUGUUUGCAAGAAAUCGUCGUGCAGAAAAAACCGUUCCUAGACAGUUUAUUAAAAGACGUUAACUACGUUUAUUCGCCAAAGAAACCUUACGUCAUGAAUGCCAGUCCUCCCGUAGGUACCAACUCAAUUACGAAAGAACAAUAUCUCUACCUUUACAGAAAAGAUCGACUCGAGUUUUUAGAUGCCAGAGUUUAUCCGGAUCCAAAAAGUCGUUUCAUUCGUCCUCCUUACAUCGCUUACGUCAAUUCGUCCACUACGAGAUCUCUGUCGCGGUUCGUCGCAAUCUGCGUUCAUACCAGGCCUUCCGAUGCGGCCAACGAAAUAGACGCCCUGUCCGAAGUGUACGACUACGCAAAGCGGCUGUACGACAACGAAAAUGUCGUAAUUAUGGGCGAUUUGAACGCCGGUUGUAAGUACAUUCGUACCAACGAUUGGGCCAAUAUAUCUUUAUGGACACGUCCGGAAUUCCAGUGGCUGAUCAAUAGCAGCAUCGACACGACUUCCUACAGCUCCAGUUGCGCUUACGACAGAAUUAUAAUAACCGGAAGUGAGAUGAAACGAGACACCAUCUACUCUUCUGUUAGACCCUUCUAUUACCAAACGGAAUAUAACAUAACGGAGAAAUUGGUCAAAGAGAUUUCGGACCACGUUCCCGUAGAAUUCAGCUUAAGAGGAAAAGUUUCUCGGAGCUUCGUGGAGAAUAUCCGCGCGGAUAUUUGCAUUCGUGUGUACGAUAGAAGACCGAGUGACACUGCAAUUUCGGUGUUAAAGAACAGAAACAUUUCUGGCUUUGAUGUUGAAUUUUACGACGAUGCGAAAAGGUGUCGACAGAGAUUAAUUAUAACUAAAGAAGCGACUAAUUUUCGAGAUUUAAUAUCGUCGCUUGAGGAUUUAAACGUANAGUUAUAA